GUGAGUGAUGUGCAGCGCAUCCUGGGAAGUGUAGUUGAGAUGGCCUAGCAAUAGAUGCAGGGUGGGAGCUGAGGUUCCGGGAAAGACCUCAGACUUGGAAGGAGCUGAGUUCACUGGGUCUGGUUCUUGGUGUUGAUUUCAAUAUGCUGCGACGGAAGCCAACACGUCUGGAGUUGAAGCUUGAUGACAUUGAAGAGUUUGAGAGCAUCCGAAAGGACCUGGAGGCCCGUAAGAAACAGAAGGAAGAUGUGGAUGUUGUGGGAAGCAGUGAUGGAGAAGGAGCCACUGGGCUCAACAGUGACCCCAAAAGUCGGGAACAAAUGAUUAAUGAUCGGAUUGGCUAUAAACCCCAGCCCAAGCCCAACAAUCGCGCCUCUCAGUUUGGAAAUUUUGAAUUUUAGAUGGAUUUUCUUGAAUGCCAGAAUCCCAGAAUGGAAUAAAAUGAUGGUAGAAGUACAAAUCAGGUUUAGAGAAUUGAAUGCUUGUAGUGAAGCAGAAUGUUUUUGUCUCCUGCAUGUAAUUACUGAUACACAACUCACACAACCUGGAAUCUAAAUUCUGGUUUGUCUCUGGAACAUUUGACUGUGUAAAGCUUAUCUGUUUGCUUUUAAAAAUAAAUGUAUUUUUGGAAAAGUGUGAGACAUU